GCUGACCCACCGUAGAUCACGAUUGAUCUACGAUACGGGGUAUGUGUAAGGGUAAACCGGUAAACAACGGAAGAGAAGAAAAAUAAAGGAAACCGAAGAGAAAAGAGGGAAAAACGGGAAACGAACCACGAAACUCUUGUUUCAGAGAGAGAGAGAGAGAGAGAGAGAGACGGAGAGGGAAAACGAGGUAGACAGAAGACGAGCUUUCUUCAGCUCUUCUACAGCUCUUCUAUGGCGUAUUUAGAUCCGUUCACUCGCGAGUCUGUGCCUGUUCCUCGUUCUGGUGGAAGCUCUUAAUUUUUUUUAAUCGGAUUCGUUGCUUGAGUUCUUUUAGUUUCUGUGUUUUUUCAAGUUUGUUUCUUGGAUUGAUCCAACUGAAGAAAUUGCAGUAUGAGCAUCGAUAGCCCCAGGGUGAAUUAGGGUUCUUAUCUGCGUCCUUGGAUUUCCAUGGGCGAUGGCGGAGUCGCUUGCGUGUCUUCGCAGCAUGUUAUGGAAAGAUUUCCAAUUCCAGAUACGUUCUGCGGAGGCAGUGGUGGUUUCAAUUCUAAGUCUCUACAACUUGCAGAAUCGCAGCUUCAGCGAAAGCAUGAGAAGAAAAUGGAAGUAGAUAAGGAGGGAUUAAGUUCAGAGAAGGAGCGGAAGUUCGAGUCGGAUAAGGAGGAACUGAGUUCAGAGAGAGGGAAGAAAGGGGAAGUUGAGAAGGGCGUGGUUGUUUCGGAAAAGCUCCCCAAGGAAGAAGUGGAGGAGGGAGAGGUGGGUUCUUUCCAGGGGCCAAGAGAGGAAGUUGAGAACGAAGAAUUUGUUCCUGAGAAGUCACGAAGAAGAGAAGUUGAAAAUGGGGAGUUUGUCCCUGAUAAGUGGAGAAAAGGUGGUGAAGUGGAGAAGGGAGAGUUUGUUCAGGAUAAGAGGCGGAAAGGCAAAGUUGAAAGGGGAGAAUUUGUCACCGGAAGAGGAGGGUGGAGAGAAGUAGAGAAGGGAGAGUUCAUUCCAGAGAGGUGGAGGAGAGGGGAAGUGGAGAAGUCGGACUUGGGGAGAGGUCGGAGAGGGGAAAUUGAGAAAGGAGAGUUUAUCCUUGAGAAAUGGCGGAAAAGUGAAGUGGUGAAAGAAGAACGUGGUUCAGAAAAAGGGAGAAAAUGGGAAAUGGAUAAAGUAGACAGUGCCAAGGACAGGGGAUGGAAGUACGAGCGAGACCGAACACCACCUUCUGUGAAGUUCUCUAAUGAGGAUGCUUAUCAAAGAAGAGAAUUUAGUAGGAGUGGGACUGAACAUAGAAAGAGGUCUUCUAGUUCCAGGUGGGAAAAUGGUCAUGACAGGGACUCAAAGAACAUUUCGAGGACAGCAGUUGGGGAACUGGGUUCAUGUAAGCAUGAAUACAGUGGCGGCAAGAAUCAUGGAAGAGAGCACCCAUCUGGAACAUGGCUGAAACGUCACUGUACAGAAUCAGACGGUAGCAGCCGCAAAUACUAUGGAGAAGAUUAUCCAGGUUCUAAAAGCAGAAGGACCUUCGAUGAUGGUAACCGUGCUGUAUAUGAGAAGCACAAUUCACGAGGCCUGCAGGAGAGCUCUUACAGAAAUUCUUCUUCAGCAAAGGUGACAUCCUCCAGCAGGUUCUCUUCUAGGCAUUAUGAUUCUACUUUGUCAUGUAGAGGAGUGCAUGACAGGCACUGUCGGAGUCCAGCCCACACUGAGUGGUCCCCACAUGACCGGGGGCGGUAUCACCACCGGGACAGAAGUCCAGCCCGCUCUGAGCGGUCCCCACAUGAUCGGAGCCGACACCAUGAUCACAAGAACCGAAGUCCUAUUCAAGUAGAGCGGUCCCCAUAUGAUUGGUCACGACGCCAUGACCGGAGGGAUGAUCGCAGGGAGCAGACUCCAGGUUACCAGGAGAGGUCACCACGUGAUCGGGGUAGGGCCCAAGAUUAUCGGGAGUCAAGUCGAAAGAGUGGGGGAAGUGAAAGACAGCACAGCUGGUAUGCAAACCAGAGGAAUGAAGAGAAGCUUGGCCAGAGGAAAUCAGCUGAAAGGGAUUCUCAAAAGCAUAGAUCAACUUCUCAAACCCCAAAUGGCAGCACUGUACAUUGUAGUAGUAGUGGUUCUGGUGAUAAAAAUAUCAAUCAUCAGUGUCACAACGAAGAAGAGACUCAAAAUGUGACCAUGGAGUCCAAAGAACUUCUUCCUCAGGUUAAUGAAGCACUUGAACCUGAAGAGCUGCUCUCCAUGGAAGAGGACAUGGAUAUCAGUGACACACCACCCCAUGUUCCAGUUAUGGCAGAUUCAAGUACAGGAAAAUGGUUUUAUCUUGAUCAUUUUGGUGUUGAGCAAGGCCCUACUAAAUUAUGUGACCUUAAGAGGCUUGUGGAGGAAGGGUUUAUGCUGUCAGAUCAUUUGAUAAAGCAUUCCGAGACCGACCGAUGGGUAGCUGUUGAAAAUGCUGUUUCUCCACUGGUGCCUGUGAACUUUCCAUCAGUUGUUUCUGAUGCCAUUACUCAGUUGGCAAGUCCUCCUGAGGCUUCUGGGAAUCUAUUGGCAGAUGUUGCUAAUGCUGGGCAAUUGGCCGAUCAGGGGGGCGAGGAACUGUCUCCCUCUUCACUGCAGCCACUGUCCCACAUGCAUGAAUUUUCAAUUGCUUUGGAGCCUUUGGAGGAUCUCCACAUUGAUGAAAGAGUCAGAGCCUUGUUAAGUGGUUACACUGUUAUCCCUGGGAGGGAACUCGAGACUGUUGGGGAUGCUUUACAGAUGACGUUUGAGCAUUCGGACUGGGAAAACUGGGGUAGCUCUGAAGGUUUCACAAGGUUUCGACCUUCCACUGCGUAUUCCAUGCAACAAAGAGAUGAAGAUUUCGAUAGAUCUUAUGAUGCCAUGCCAAAAGAAGCUACAGAUAUUAGGUCAACUGAUACCUUUGCCAGUGCUGACCAUAAUGACUGGUUUUCCAGCCGAUGGUCCUGCAAGGGUGGUGAUUGGAAGAGGAAUGAUGAAACUUCUCAAGAUAGGUCAUCCAUUAAGAAAUUUAUCCUUAAUGAUGGUUAUCCACUAUGCCAGAUGCCAAAGUCCCGUUAUGAGGACCCACGGUGGCACAGGAAAGAUGAGUUAUACUAUCCCUCCAGGAGCAGAAGGCUUGACCUACCACACUGGGCUUUUUCCUGGUCAGAAGAGAGGAAUGAUUCCAGUGGUAUCAGUAGAUCGGGCCAAAUCAAGCAACUUGUUGCUAGGGGAGUGAAGGGAACCAUGCUAUCAGUUGUCAGGAUAAAUACUUGUGUAGUCAGAGAUCAUGGUUCAUUUAUUUCUGAGCCCCGCACGAGAAUUAGAGGAAACGAGCGCCACUCAUCAAGGUCCCAUCAGUAUUUCUCUGGAAGUGGUGACGGCAAGAACUCCUUAGUGGAAGGCUCUUCUAGAUCCAGGAAACACAGUGAACGAGAUUUACAGGGUUUGCAGAAAAGUGUAAUGUCCAUUAACACCCCAAAAGAUCAUGUCUGCACGGUUAAUGAAUUGCAGCUGCAUUUGGGUGAUUGGUACUACCUUGAUGGUGCUGGCCAUGAACAUGGGCCAUUCUCAUUUUCUAAGCUACAAGCUUUGGUUGACAAAGGUACUAUUCCAAAGAACACUAGUGCCUUCAGGAAGGAUGAUAACAUCUGGGUUCCAGUUGUCACCCCUGGACAGGCUUCUGAAGCUGCAUCAGUAACCGAUUCUUCUGCUGCUCGGUCACAGGUUGCGGCACAGAGUGGGGAUCACCUAGCUUCCAGUUCAUUUCACAACUUACAUCCUCAGUUCAUUGGGUAUACAUGUGGGAAACUGCAUGAGCUGGUCAUGAAAUUGUAUAAGAGCCGGGAAUUCGCUGCAGCUAUAAAUGAGGUCUUGGAUCCAUGGAUCAAUGCUAAGCAACCUAAGAAGGAAUUAGACAAACACCCUUUUAGUUCAGCUGUCACGAGAAGUUCUUCCUCACAAAACUUCAUGUUGCACAAGUUGCAAAAAUCAGAAGAUGAAGCAUCUUUACGUGCUUGUAAAAGAGCUCGGAUGGCGGUCAAUGAAAGUGAAGAAGACGAUGAAGUAGAAGAUCUCAUCAAACGAAAGGAUGACUGCUCCUUUGAGGAUUUCUGUGGUGGCACCAUUUUUGGUGAAGGAAAUGAUGCAAGUCCCGAAGUUGAAAGUGAGAGCUGGGGGCUGCUCAAUUGUAAUAUACUGGCACGGGUUUUCCAUUUUCUGAGAGCUGACUUGAAGUCCCUAGCGUUCUCUGCGGCUACUUGCAAGCGCUGGAAUGCUGCUGCCAGGUUUUACAGGGAUAUCUCCAGACAGAUCGACUUCUCAUCUGCAGGCCCCAAAUGCACUGACUCCAUGUUUGUGAGCAUCAUGGAUGGUUAUAAGAAAGAAAAGAUAACAUCAGUCAUCCUGGUUGGCUGCAUCAAUAUUAGUGCUGGUGCCCUUGAAGAAAUUCUCCAUUUGUUCCCUUGGAUAUCUUCUAUAGAUAUCAGGGGCUGUAGCCAGUUCAGGGAAUUGACAAAAAAAUUUCAAAAUGUGAACUGGAUAAAGAGCCGCCUUUCUUGUGACACUAGGAAUUUUGAAGAGAGUCAUUCAAAAAUGAGGAGCCUUAGACAGAUAACGGAGAAAAGUUUCCCAGUUUCUAAAGCUUUCAAGGGCUCUAGUAGUCAUUUGGAUGAUCCCAGUGAACCUGGAGAUUCUCUUGAUCAUGAUGUCGCUGUAAAUAGGAAAGAGUCAGUUGGUCAAUCAUUGCGGCAAAGCUUUUACAGACAUAAAAAAUUACGUGAUGCCAGAAAGCCGUCAUCACUCCUAUCAAGGGAUGCCCAAAUAAGGUGGUUGCUUCGCAAGAAAGCUGAAAAUGGGUAUAAGAAAAUGGAAGAAUUCCUAACUCUGAGUCUUAGGGACAUCAUGAAGGAGAACACUUUUGAUUUUUUUGUACCUAAGGUUGCAGAAAUCGAAGAUAGGAUGAAGAAUGGUUAUUACAUUGGUCAUGGCUUGAAAUCUGUCAAGGAGGAUAUCAGUAGAAUGUGUCGUGAUGCAAUAAAAGCCCGGAAUCGUGGUGAUGCUGGAGAUAUGAAUCAUAUCAUUAUGUUAUUCAUCCGACUUGCCACAAGUUUGGAUGAGAAUUCUAAUUCUUCUCAUGAAAGAAAUGGAACAAUGAAGACAUUCAAGGAUAAUGCACCUGCUGGGUUUUUCUCUGUUGCCUCCAAGUAUGGAAAGAAACUCAAUAAAAUAGUGAAUGAAAGGAAACUCGUUCGUAAUGGUGCAUCCUAUGUUAAUGGAGGUAUAGAUUAUGGAGGAUGUACAUCUGAUCGGGAAAUAAGAAGACGCUUAUCCAAGUUGAAUAAGAGAGGUUUAGAUUCAGGUAGUGAGACUUCUGAUGACCCUGAUCAGUUUUCUGAAGAUUCCAGUGGUGAUGGCAAUGGUUCUUCCUCAGAUACAGAAAGUGACUUAGGAUUCCAGUCUGAAGGAGGAAUUGGUGAUUUGACUGUAGAUAGAUACUUAGGGGCAGAGGAGGCUUUAGAUUCUAUGACUGAUGACCGUGAAUGGGGUGCUCGGAUGACGAAAGCAAGCCUCGUUCCUCCUGUUACUAGGAAGUAUGAAGUCAUUGAUCGAUAUGUUAUUGUGGCAGAUGAGGAGGAAGUGCAACGGAAGAUGCGAGUUUCUCUACCUGAGGACUAUCCUGAGAAGCUCAAGGCUCAAAAGAAUAGCACUGAGGAAUCAGAUAUGGAAAUCCCUGAAGUAAAGGACUACAAACCCAGGAAACGACUUGGAAAUGAGGUCCUAGAACAGGAAGUCUACGGUAUAGAUCCUUAUACUCAUAAUCUUCUCCUAGACUCCAUGCCAGAUGAUGUGGAUUGGACGCUUCUAGAUAAGCAUAUGUUUGUUGAAGAUGUGCUUCUGCGAGUUCUGAAUAAGCAAGUCAGGUCCUUCACUGGUACUGGAAACACCCCCAUGAUGUAUUCCUUGCGGCGUGUUGUUGAAGAUAUUCUAAGGAUUGCUCAGGAAAGUGGUGACGAACGCACUGUGAAAGCGUGCCAAUGUAUCUUAAAGUCUAUGGAAAAUCGUCCCGAAGACAAUUAUGUUGCUUAUAGAAAGGGGCUUGGAGUAGUUUGCAAUAAAGAAGAAGGUUUUAGCGACGAUGAUUUUGUUGUGGAGUUUCUGGGGGAGGUUUAUCCUGCUUGGAAAUGGUUUGAGAAGCAAGAUGGCAUUCGGUCCCUGCAAAAAAACAAUAAAGAUCCAGCCCCAGAGUUCUAUAACAUAUAUCUAGAGAGGCCAAAGGGAGACUCUGAUGGGUAUGAUUUAGUUGUUGUUGAUGCCAUGCACAAGGCAAACUAUGCGAGUCGUAUUUGUCACUCGUGCAGACCUAAUUGCGAGGCGAAAGUUACUGCAGUAGAUGGUCGGUACCAAAUUGGAAUUUAUACUGUACGACCAAUUAGUUAUGGCGAGGAGAUCACAUUUGAUUAUAAUUCUGUAACGGAGAGUAAGGAAGAGUAUGAAGCUUCUGUUUGUUUGUGCGGCAGCCAAGUCUGCAGGGGAAGCUAUUUGAAUUUGACUGGUGAAGGGGCUUUUCAAAAGAUAUUGAAAGAGUGCCAUGGAAUGCUAGACCGUCAUCAGUUGAUGUUAGAGGCUUGUGAGUUGAAUUUUGUUUCGGAAAAUGAUUAUAUUGACUUGGGAAGAGCUGGUGUAGGCAUUUGUUUGCUUGAUGGGUUGCCUGAUUGGCUUAUUGCAUAUUCAGCUCGACUGGUGAGGUUUAUAAAUUUCGAGAGAACAAAACUCCCGGAAGAGAUUUUUAGGCAUAAUUUGGAAGAGAAGAGGAAAUUCUUUUUAGAUAUUUGCCGAGAUACUGAGAAGAGCGAGGCUGAGGUUCAGGCUGAGGGUGUGUACAACCAAAGGCUUCAAAAUUUGGCUGUUACUCUUGAUAAGGUGAGGUAUGUAAUGAGGAGUCUAUUUGGUGACCCAAAGAAAGCUCCACCACCACUGAAGAAGCUAAAUCCUGAGGAAGUGGUUUCUGUCCUCUGGAAAGGGGAGGGAUCACUUGUGGAAGAAUUACUUCAGUGCAUGGCUCCUCAUGUAGAAGAUGAUUUGCUAAAUGCCCUCAAGUCCAAGAUUGAUUUGCAUGACCCAUCUGGUUCUGAUGAUCUCCGGACUGCGCUUAAAAAAUCGUUAUUAUGGUUGAGGGAUGAGGUCCGGAAUCUUCCUUGUACAUAUAAGUGCCGUCAUGAUGCUGCUGCUGACUUGAUCCAUAUUUAUGCUUAUACAAAAUGUUUUUUUAGAGUCCAGGAGUACAAGUCUUUAACAUCUCCACCUGUUUAUAUUAGUCCUCUAGACUUGGGCCCCAAGUACACAGAUAAAUUGGGGUCAGGUUUCCAGGAGUAUUGCAAGAUUUAUGGUGAGAAUUAUUGUUUAGGGCAGUUGAUUUAUUGGCAUGUUCAGACUAAUGCUGAUCCAGACUCUAAGCUUGGGAGAGCAAGAAGGGGUUGUUUGUUGUUGCCUGACAUUGCCUCAUUCUAUGCCAAGGCCCAGAAGCCAUCGGUGCGACAACGUGUUUAUGGCCCGAGAACCCUCAGAUUUAUGCUUACAGGAAUGGAGAAACAGCCUCAGAGACCGUGGCCGAAGGAAAGUAUAUGGUCAUUCAAGAGUGCCCCUCGAGUUUUUGGCAGUCCAAUGCUGGAUGCUGUUCUUAACAAGUCCCCACUGGACAAGGAGAUGUUGCAUUGGCUGAAGACAAGACCUGCUGUAUUCCAGGCUAUGUGGGACCAAUGAAUGUGAGAAGCCUGGGAUUAUUAACCCCCUACCAUUUGUUUCGGAAUGAUUAUUCUGUUUUAUAUCACAGCUACCCCAUUUAACGUGGGAGUUGGUAAUCAUUUCAAGACAAUGCAGUCCCUUGUGCUUCUCUUCGUCAUCAAUUCCUUUGUAUAGAUUAAUUCUGUUUGUAAUUUGUAUUCAUUUUUCAGCAGUGGAGCACUGGUUCUUUUUAUAAUUAAUUUAAAAAGAAAAUGGGAAAAAGGUUUCAUUUCAA